UGCCCAGCGUCCUACAAGAGUCUCGCGGGCUUAGCAUAUCAUAAGGCAUUUCAACAUAACGAUCCAUUACCCACUGGUACUAGUGUAGAAAUUUCACCUUUACUUGAAACAUCGUCAAUCUGUGAUUUGUGUUUGGGUAGCAAGAAUUUGAAUAAGAAGACAAUGAAACCUGAGGAUCUUGUUGUGUGCCACGACUGUGGAAGAUCAGCUCACCCGUCCUGCCUUAGUUUCAAUGAAAAUGUUCCCGUUAUCAUCAAACGUUAUGGAUGGCAAUGUAUCGAAUGUAAAAGCUGCACGAUUUGUGGGACGUCAGAGAAUGACGACAAACUUCUGUUCUGUGAUGAUUGUGACCGCGGUUACCAUACGUAUUGUUUCACUCCGAAGAUGAAAAGCUUGCCAGAAAAUGAGUAUUCGUGCGCAUUAUGCCUCGGCACGUUUGGCGCCCGUGCCAGCGCGGCGCCAAAGAAAGGCGGCAUAGUCAACUAG